GUUUCAGUCAAGAAGAUAUAGAGAUAAACAGCAUGUUGAAGAUUGAAGAUAGAUAUGAUAGAAAUAGAGAAUUAAAUGAUGAAGAUGAAUUGUUUUCAAAGAAACAUUAUAAAAGGGAUAAUGAUAAGGCGAAGGAGAAAGAGAAACAAAUUGAUAAGG